AUGCAGUGCGGUGCGCUGUCCCCGGUGCUGAUGCUGAGCGCAGCCCCUGAGCCACCGCCUCGUCCGCCUCCCUCCCGUUCCCCACCAGGCCCGGGCCCCCGCCAUGGCCCGAGCUCGGAGGCCUCGGGAGGCCCAGGCGGGGGAGCUCUGGAAAGCAGCCUGCGGGCCGCCGUGGCGUUUAAGGCCGAGGGCCAGCGCUGUUACCGAGAGAAGAAGUUCCGCGAGGCUAUUGGCAAGUACCACCGGGCACUGCUGCAGCUGAAAGCGGCACAAGGAGCCCGCCAGCCCGGCCCGGGCCCCAGCCCUGCGCCCCCGCGGCUCAGUGAGGAGCAGCGGCGGCUCAUGGAGAGCACGGAGGUGGAGUGCUAUGACAGCCUCACUGCGUGUCUGCUGCAGUCUGAGCUGGUGAACUACGAGAGGGUGCGGGAGUACUGCUUCAAGGUGCUGGAGAAGCAGCAAGACAACUUCAAGGCCACUUACCGGGCGGGCAUCGCCUUCUACCAUCUGGGCGACUACAGCCGCGCCCUGCGCUACCUGCAGGAGGCCCGGAGCCGGGAGCCCACAGACACCAACGUCCUUCGCUACAUCCAACUGACCCAGUUGCGGAUGAGCCGCUGCAGCCGAGAACGAGAAGGUGGGGACAGCGGGGGUCCCGCCCGUGCUCGAGAUGUGAUUGGCUGAUCUACUGACCUCACUCCUGGGGUCCCCCUCCCCAGGUCCGUGUCGUGUGCUUUGUGUGAGACUUGGGACUCCAGCCUUGGGAGGGGCAGGGGGAAAGGGCAGGAAGGCUCUUGACCACUGAUGCCAACUUCUGGUAUUGCCACUGCCUUGUUGGAGGUUUCUGUUUAUCCAUGACUACAAUGAGGGUGAUGGUCCCUGGCUGGACCCACCGCGGGGAGCUGUUGUGAGGGUCCCAAGAUAAUAAAUGUGU